AUGCCCCAGCACGCUCCCCGUCCCCAGCAGGGCCCCCUAUCCACACCGGAGGUGACAGCAAGCCACCCACACCCCACCCCUCCACCCCCGCCGCCGCCGCCGCCGCCGCCGCCCCGCACGGCGCUUUCCCCGCCCGCCCCGUCCCGCGGAGCCCCGGGGGCGGGGGCCAGCGGGACCCCCCCGCCGCAGCCCCCGCCCCGCCGCCGGGGGCUGCUGGCGGGGCCGCGCCCCGGGGCCGCCCCCCGCCCCGCCGGGGCCCCGCGCUGCUGCCGCCGCCGCCUCCAGAACUGCCUCUACAACGUGCUGGAGCGGCCCCGCGGUUGGGCUUUCAUCUACCACGUCUUCAUAUUCCUCCUCGUCUUCAGCUGCCUGGUGCUGUCGGUCUUCUCCACCAUCCAGGAGCACCAGAAAUUGGCCAACCAGUGCCUCUUCAUCCUGGAAUUCGUGAUGAUCGUGGUGUUCGGCAUGGAAUACAUCAUCCGCGUGUGGGCCGCCGGCUGCUGCUGCCGCUACCGCGGCUGGCGCGGCCGCUUCCGCUUCGCCAGGAAACCCUUCUGCGUGAUCGAUUUCAUCGUCUUCAUCGCCUCCGUGGCCGUCAUCGCCGCGGGCACGCAGGGCAACAUCUUCGCCACGUCGGCGCUGCGCAGCAUGCGCUUCCUGCAGAUCCUGCGCAUGGUGCGCAUGGACCGCCGCGGCGGCACCUGGAAGCUGCUGGGCUCCGUCGUCUACGCCCACAGCAAGGAGCUCAUCACCGCCUGGUACAUCGGCUUCCUGGUGCUCAUCUUCGCCUCCUUCCUCGUGUACCUGGCGGAGAAAGACGCCAACGUCCAGUUCGCCACCUACGCCGAUUCGCUGUGGUGGGGCACGGUGACCCUGACCACCAUCGGCUAUGGGGACAAGGCGCCGCAGACGUGGCUGGGCCGGAUGCUGGCGGCCGGAUUCGCCCUGCUCGGCAUCUCCUUCUUCGCCCUGCCCGCCGGGAUCCUGGGCUCCGGCUUCGCCCUCAAAGUGCAGGAGCAGCAUCGGCAGAAGCACUUUGAGAAGAGGCGGACUCCGGCGGCGAACCUGAUCCAGGCUGCCUGGCGCCUGUACUCCACGGAUGUGAGCCGGGUGUACCUGACGGCCACGUGGUGUUACUACGACAGCCUCCUGCCCGCCUUCAGAGAGCUGGUCCUUAUGUUUGAGCAUUUGCACCGGGUUCGCAACGGAGGAUUUAGGAAUUCAGAGGUGAAAAAAUGGCCCGACAGAGCCCCACCGCCCUACCACUCCUUCACCCCUGCCCAGAAAAGCGUCAGCCUGGCCACAUGUGCAGGGGAAAGCUGGAAUGAGGAGGACGCGCAGCCCCACAAGUGUUUACGCCUCAGCAACAAGAUGGGCAUCAAGGAGCGGAUCCGGCUGAGCAGCUCCCAGCGCCAGGGCAGCCGCGGCCGGCAGCAGCAGCUGGGGCCGCCCCUGCACCGCUCCCCCAGCACCGAGGACGUCGCCGAGGCCUCCAGCCCCACCAAGGUGCAGAAGAGCUGGAGCUUCAACGACCGCACCCGAUUCCGAGCGUCCCUGAGGCUCAAGCCGCGGACCCCGACUGAGGCCGACUGCCCGCCCGAGGACAGUGGCGAGGACAGGAGCUCGCCCAGCGACCUGACCUUCGAGGACAUCAUGCCGGCAGUGAAGACCUUGAUCCGGGCCGUCAGGAUCCUGAAGUUCCUGGUGGCCAAGAGGAAGUUCAAGGAGACCUUGCGUCCCUACGACGUCAAGGAUGUCAUCGAGCAGUACUCGGCCGGACACCUGGACAUGCUGGGCAGGAUCAAGAGCCUGCAGACGCGCGUGGACCAGAUCGUGGGCAGGGAUCGGGCGCUCCCUGCAGACAAAAAGGUGCGGGAGAAGGGGGAGAAGCCGGCGCUGGAGGCGGAGCUGGUGGACGAGCUCAGCAUGAUGGGGCGCGUGGUCAAAGUGGAGCGGCAGGUGCAAUCCAUCGAGCACAAGCUGGACCUGCUGCUCGGCCUCUACUCGCAGUGCCUCCGCAAGGGCUCCACGAACUUCUUCAGCCUGGCCGCGGUGCGGGUGCCGCCCGGCGAGCCCGACAUCACCUCGGACUACCACAGCCCCGUGGACCACGAGGACAUCUCGGUGUCCGCCCAGACCCUCAACAUCUCCAGGUCGGCCAGCACCAACAUGGACUGAGCAGGAGGCAGCGGGAUGGACCCUGCCCGCCUGGGAUGGGGCGCUGGGAGCGGCGUGGCGUUGUCCCCUCGCUGUCCCCUCGCUGUCCCCUUGCCGUCCCUCGCCGUGUUACUUGAAGCAAGUCUUCCUUUGCGGGGACAUGGCACUGUGGCAUGGCCACCCCACGCUCCUGGGAUGCCCCUGGGAUGUUCUGGGAUGCUCCCGGGAUGUUCCUGGGAUGUUCUUGGGAUGUUCCUGGUCUCCUAUGGAAUGAGACCCCCCCAGCUCUGGGGUCCUGGGUGCUCCCCAGCUGUGGUGGGGAUGCUCCGGGCUGGCCCCAUCCCCUGGGGUUUGGUUUGAACCCCACCCCAGCCCUCAGGACAGCUCCUGCCUGGUCCCCCAGAGCUGAGCCGGGGCCACCACCAGCUAUGCAAGGUCCCACCUCCCUCUUGCUGCCAGUGCAGGGGUGUGGGGGCACGACCCAGGGUGGUUUUACCUGCGUCAUUCGGGGUUCCCAGUGUGGGGAGCAGGGGACUGUCCCCCCUCACCAGGCUGCAGCCCUCCCGAAGCACAGCAGAGCCUUCUGCCUGCCCGUGCAUGCUCCCAGGGCAAUAUAUAUAUAGAAUAUAUAUAUUUAUGCAAUAAUGUCUUAAUAUGCAACACCCCUGGGAAGAGCAACCCGAGGGGACAGAGGCAAUAAGCAACCCCCUGCCAGCUCCCAGGGCUGGACUGUGCUGCCCAGGAGGGCCUUGGAGGUCCUGAAGGCUCAGGGCCAGCCGGAAAAGCUCCACCCGAUGGUGGUCCUGGAGUCAGGAAGCUGAGCAGGGGCUGUGGGGAAGGCAGGGAUGCAGGCACAGGCGCUGUCCCCAAGGAGCGUCCCUCCCCCUGUGUCCCAGCCCCUGCUCCUGCUUAGAGGAUUCCUUGGCUGCUGGGUCCUGCGGUGCUCAGUUUGUCCCUGCCCGUUUCCCUGUCCCCUCUGUGGUCCGGGCAGCACGGGCCGGGCCUGGUGGGGACAGGGCGGCGUCCUUGCAUGUCACCUAUAGCAGAGCCACGACAGCUCCCACGCUACCCCAGUCCCCUUCCCUGCCCCGCUCCCUGUCCCGGCGCUGGUUUCCAGUCCAGCAGCACUGGGCUGAGCCAGGCUGGGCUUGUGCCAAAGUGCCAGGCUGGGGCUGCAGCCGAGGGUCCCGGGGGGGGCUCGGUGGUGACCCCACAGUGCCGGGAUCUGUCCUGGGCUGCUCCCACCGCUCCCCUCGCUGCCAGCGCCGCCCCUCUCUGGGCUUCGGAUCGUGGGAUUCGCACCCCCUUUUCCCGAGACCCCCUGUGCCUCUGCUCCCGGCAGCGGGGACCCCCGACCCUGCUCGUUUCCUCACCCCGUUAGUGCAUGUGGCCAGCGCGGGCCGUGCCAGAGCUGCUUGAACCCCACCCCCCACCAGAACCAGAGCUCCUGCAGCCCCCCGGCCCCCUCCCCUCGCCCCGGGGCUGCCCGGGCGGUGGGACACGAGGGGACAGCGCUGGGUGGGUGCCCGUGGGGCGAGGUGCAUGUGACAGCUUUGCCCGCAGCCGCACGCAGGAAUUAACCCUUAGGACCCCUCCCCUCCCUCCCGGGGCUGGCUGGUCCCCGCAGCCCCCCCCCCCCCCCCGAGCCAGCGGUAGUUACCUCACUUGAUUAACUUAUUAACUUAUUUGUUUCAUUAAAAUUUGGAGUAGAG